CACACAGAGAGGCCAAAUGACCCAACGGGGCGACGAGUCCAGCUCAGCAUGGACUGUUGCCCGCCAUAGUUAGUGCAUUUUUUUUUUUUUAUUAUUUUUUUUUUAUUACAGUGUAGCCUUUUUAUCGCCUGGAAUUUGUGUUUUGUUUCGCUGCUGUGAAGAAGAAAAAAACCAAAAAAAACCCGACAAUGGAUCGAGUGAAGAGCUCCAUGCAGCAAGUACCCAACGCUAUUCCCAAAGUGAUCCGACGGACUACCGGAGGGGCCAACAGCCUGGAGCUGGAGAAGGAAAACUUUGAGAGAGGGCAGGCUGUCAGCAUCAAUAAGGCCAUCAACACACAGGAAGUCGCUGUCAAAGAGAAGCAUGCCAGGACCUGCAUCCUGGGGACCCAUCAUGAGAAAGGCGCCCACACGUUCUGGGCGGCGGUCAACCGCCUUCCUCUCUCCAGCAAUGCGGUGCUCUGCUGGAAGUUCUGCCACGUCUUCCACAAGCUGCUGCGAGAUGGACAUCCAAACGUGAUAAAGGACUCCAUGAGGAACAAGUCUGACUUAACUGAUAUGAGCAGGAUGUGGGGUCACCUGAGUGAAGGCUAUGGGAAGCUGUGCAGCAUCUACCUCAAACUGCUCAUCACCAAAAUGGAGUUCCACAUCAAAAACCCUCGUUUCCCCGGCAACCUGCAGAUGUCAAACCGACAGCUCGACGAGGCGGGAGAGAACGACGUUAACAACUUCUUCCAGUUGACGGUCGAGAUGUUUGACUACCUGGAGUGUGAGCUCAACCUCUUCCUGGGCGUAUUCAGCUCACUAGACAUGUCUCGGUCGGUGUCGGUGACGGCGGCGGGCCAGUGUCGCCUCGCCCCCCUCAUCCAAGUCAUCCUGGACAGCAGCCACCUGUAUGACUACACCGUCAAGCUGCUGUUCAAGCUGCACUCCUGCCUUCCAGCAGACACUCUCCAGGGCCACAGAGAUCGCUUCCAGGAACAGUUUAAGAAGUUAAAGAGUCUGUUCUAUCGCUCCAGUAACUUGCAGUAUUUCAAGAGGCUGAUUCAGAUCCCACAGUUGCCUGAGAACCCGCCUAACUUCCUGCGUGCGUCGGCUCUGUCGGAGCACAUCAGCCCUGUGGUCGUGAUCCCCGCAGAGUCGUCGUCCCCCGAGUCGGAGCACCUGGUGGAGACAGACGACCUGGUGGACACAGACGUCCCUGUGCUGCCGCCUGCUCUGGAGACCAAGUUUGACGACCUGUUUGGCACCACAGCUGCUGUUGACCCGUUCAACUUCAACAGUCAGAACGGCAUGCGGAAGGACGACAAAGACCGUCUGAUUGAGCAGCUGACCAGGGAGAUCCAGGCCCUUAAAGACGCUGAGUCUUUCAGACUUGAGAGUGGUCGCUUGUGUCAGGCUCUGAGGGGGCGUGUCAAUGAGCUGGAGGCGGAGCUUGCAGAGCAGAGCCACCUGAGGAUGCAGGCUGUAGGAGAGAGCGAGUUCCUGAAGGCGGAGCUGGACGACCUGAGGAGGGUCCGAGAGGACACGGAGAAGGAGCAGCGGAGCCUGACGGAGAUAGAGAAAAAAGCUCAGGCCAAUGAGCAGCGCUACACCAAACUGAAGGAGAAGUACUCAGAGCUGGUUCAGAGUCAUGCCGACCUGCUGAGGAAGAAUGCAGAGGUCACCCGGCAGAUGACGGUAGCUCGGGCAGCACAGGACGAAGUGGAGGAAGUGAGGAGAGAAAUGCAUGAGAAGGUGAAGGCCGCUCAGGAGGCUGCAGACAGACAGGAGAGGGCCCAGCUGGAGCAGUUUCAGGAGCUGCAGAGAGAGCUGGUGUCCAGCAGGACAGAGCUGGACUCCCUGAAGACCACCAUGGCCUCAUCACAACAGUCGAGUGAAGUGCUCGGCACCCAGCUGGUCGCCCUGGAGUCUGAGAAGGCGGAGCUGGUGCAGUCCUUGUCGAAGGUGGAGGCGGAGCUGGCUGUCCGCGGGGAGGAGCUAGAGCGAGUCCAGAGCUCGUUGGCGACUGAGAGGGAGAGCGGGGUUAAGACGGCAGAAGCCCUGCAGAAUCAGCUCAAUGAGAAGGAGAGCAGGGAGCAGUCGUUGGAGAGCCAGCUGGUUGCAGCUCGCUGGUCCAGUCUGCAGGGAGCCGUGGAGGAGGCAGAGAAGAUCAUCCAAGACUCACUGGCUCAGAUUGACGACCCGGCGCAUAUCAGCUGCACCAGCUCCGCAGACUACCUAGCAUCCAGAUGUCAGGCCUCUUUGGACUGUAUGGACCGACUCCAUUCUGCCAGAGAGGCCUUCCUGGCUGAUGACACAGGUGUAGCUCAGCUGAUACGAGUGGUGACCCAGUGUGGCCACCUGGUGGGUGACACCAUCGUUCAGGGUAGUGCCACCUCCCACAUGGUGCCCGUGGAGCAAGCUGAUGCCCUGUCAGAGAGCGUGAAGGCGUGCGGGGCUGAAGCUCUGGCUCUGCUGGGCCAGAUGAAGCAGCAGAGCAGCCUGUCUGCAGCUGACAACAGCAAGCUGAGGGCCGCUCUGGAGGCCAUCCUGGCCACUGCAGAGAAACUGCGUCCUCAGGGUUUGGAGCUACAGCAGGGGGAGCUGGGAGAUCUAGUGGAGCAGGAAAUGGCUGCCACUUCCGCUGCUGUGGAGUCUGCGUCUGCCAGGAUAGAGGAAAUGCUCAACAAUUCUCGAGCGGUUGAUACAGGAGUCAAGAUGGAAGUCAAUGAGAGGAUUCUGGCCUCCUGUACAGAGCUGAUGCAGGCCAUCAAGCAGCUUGUUUUGUCUUCCAAAAACCUGCAAAGGGACAUCGUGGAGAGUGGCAGGGGAGCAGCCUCCAUGAAGGAAUUUUAUGCCAAGAACUCCCGCUGGACUGAGGGCCUGAUCUCUGCCUCCAAAGCAGUGGGAUGGGGAGCCACGGUCAUGGUAGAUGCUGCUGAUCUAGUGGUGCAGGGAAAAGGGAAGUUUGAGGAGUUGAUGGUGUGUUCACAUGAAAUAGCUGCCAGCACUGCACAGCUAGUGGCGGCCUCUAAGGUAAAAGCAGACAAGGACAGCGCCAACCUGCAACGCCUGCAGAAGGCGUCCCGGGGCGUCACACAGGCCACUGCAGCUGUUGUCGCCUCCACCAAGUCCGGGAAGUCUCAGAUUGAAGAGAAAGAUACAAUGGACUUCUCCAGCAUGACUCUCACCCAGAUCAAACGACAAGAGAUGGACGCACAGGUCCUGGUUCUGGAGCUGGAGACUCGCCUGCAGAAGGAGCGCGAGCGUCUCGGUGAGCUGAGGAAGAAACAUUACGAGCUGGCCGGAGUAGCGGAGGGCUGGGGCGAGCAAGAAGAGGGUUGAGACCUGCCACCGCUGUCGUCCCCCUCCUCCGCCAGAAGACCGGCUGCUGUCUGCCUCUCUUUACUAUUUAUACACUUUUCACCCUCUUUCUUCCAUGUUUUUAUCUCUCUUUUUUUUUGUUUGUUUGUUAUGGAAGCCAAAUUUAAAGGUGCUUCUUUUCUAAACCUGCUUCUCCACCCGUGUCCGAGGGCUCAGAAACGGGGGACGUUGAAGGGAGGAACCAAUAAGUGUGAGGAAUGGAAGGUGUGGGUGGGGGGGGUAAACCGACUUCCUGGUGUCUCCCCCUCCAUGCAGUGCCUCUCCUCCAGGACUGUGUUGGUGUAAAGCUGUCAAAGUGAAGUGGAUCCGUUCUGCGGAGUAUUUAUUGUCUUUUUUCUCGCCCGGGGUUUUUAAUAACGGCACUCCGUCAAGGAGUCACAAUGGAGACGCAAAGAGCACAAGAUUCUACUCAAGACAUCCCAGGAUGCACUGCACAAGGGCCAAACUCUCAGCAGUAAUAAGAGUGACUGUUCUUGCCCUUACCCAUUCCCCCAAAACCAUGUCUCUGUGUGACAUAGAUGGCAUGCCUGCUCUCCUGCUAAAAGAGUUCAAAGAGUUGUGAGCUUGUCAGGCCGUCUAUCUGUCUUAAUCUUCCUCCCUAGUUUCUUCCUAUUCUUUCCUCACUGUGAGUUAUCACCUUAUCGAGUCCACACCGCCUCACUGCCUGGUUCACUGGACUUUCUGCCUUUCGCCUCUCUACCAUUAACGACCGUGACUGUUUACUGGAGCCGACCCUUCUUUUGUUCUCUUUUUUCUUUUAACAGACGCUUGCAUUUAAACUCUUUUAUCUGCUACAAAAUCAGGAAAUACUUUCAGAAAACGUUGCACCGUUUUUUUCUCUCUCACCAGUCUUCUCCCUGCGAGCUUUGAGACCGCCAACUACCUCAUGCUACAUCCUCAGAGGUAGCGGUGCAUCAUGGGAAGGACUGAUGAGAGAGAAGUUGUUGCUCGAACUCUAAAGACAUGGGAUUUCCCCUUUUAUAUUGGUUAAAGGUAGGAAACGAGGUAGAGGGAGGAAAACUUCCUUUUUUAUAUACAAAAAAUAAAAAGCAACAGCAGGUCAAAUCUGGCAGAAAAAGAAACGGUUAAAUAUAGUUCAAGACCCUUAUUGGUGCAUACAAACAUCAGUCACUUCAACAACUCUGUCACAGAAGCAGCAGAUGUGGAGGUGCAGCUGGGAUCCUGUCACAUAACGAACUGCUAACGGUGUCGUCUUCUGAUAGACGGCUAUCCAAGUGGUCCGCUCGGUUACUUCCUGGAUACGUUAUGACUCUGCCAGCAAGACUGCGGUUUUUCAUAAGAAAAGGACUGCCUUCUCAGCCAGAGAGAAUCUGCAGGAGCAACAAAAGGAAAUCCUUAAAAAGUUUGAAAUUCUGACUGCAUUGUCCGGACAUUAAAAGCUGCACAAACCUUUAUUCAUGAUAUGUUGUAUCUGGUUUAACAAGUAAUCCUGCCUCUUCAAGUACCCUGCAGGACUCCACUUUUAUAAAUCCUUCACUAACUAACAGUCUGCAUCGCCAGGACCACAAUGGACUCUGAAGUGUGCGGCACACAGUGACUGCAGUGUGUUUUCGAAUAGCUUCCUAAAGACCAAGUAGCUGUGUAUAUAAACUACAAGCCUUCUUUUGUUGGAAAUAAUCUUUUGCUUGCGUUUUAUCUAAAAGCAUUCAAUACAAUAAUUUUUUGUUUUGCAUCUCUCCAAGUAAGGAUUCAGUUUAAUUGAAUUAGGAAUGGUGCACUUGAACGCCACAGGAGAGAGAUUGUUAUUUAACAUAAUUUUCCUACUGAGACUAAUGGACUGACUUUCUGAACUUGUUGCCAGUGGACUUUGUGAGCAGACUGAUCACGCCUUUGUGCAAACCAUGAGAUGAGUAGGCAUCCGUUUGAUUUCUUCUUCCUGUAUGAUGACAACCAUGAUGAUUCUCCUGGAGUUUGUCUCUCUCUGUGUGUCUUAACAUACUUUGUUUUGACGCUCUGCUUCAGCUGUGUAUCUAAAAAAGUUGCGACACUGGUUUAUUUAACAGACGCUGGUCAAAUAGUAUUUGCCAAUAAUUCUUAUAAACUAGUUUUAAACCACUUGCAGAAGCAGAUGGGUGCAUCAAAUGAUAGAGAAAAGUGUUUUAUUAAUCAGACUUUGGAAUCCUUUUUGCAUUUGACACCACCCAUCUGCUGUCCCAAGCAGGUUAAACAAACAGCAAGUAUUAAUUGCAUUACUGUUGGGUCCAGGUCUCUCUGUAUUUAAUAAUGUUCUGUCACUUCUUCCACACCUGGGUAGCUGAUUUCAUUAGAAAUUGGAAUGUAAAACAAAAUAAGACACAAUCUUUAUGGUAUUUCAAGUGUCUCGAAAGAUGGAUUGAAUGCACCUUGAGGGUUGUUUGGUUGUAUUUCUGCCCAAAUAUUCUUAAUUAACCUCUGUCUCUCUCUCUCUCUCUCUCUCUCUCUCUCUCUCUCUCUCUCUCUCACUCACACUCUUUGUCUCCUCUCUCUUUCUCUCGGGUUUGUGUCUGUAGUCCUACCAGCUCAGCCAGCCUUUCAAACUGCCUCACACUGUAGUCAAAGAGAAACAAAUACUCACAUAGCAACAUUGAAAUAUGUCUUUGUAUGAUAUACUAAAACUAUGUUGGUGGGUUUGUUUUUAUUUUUUCAGUUUUUAAAAUAAAUAUUUCAACUCAAUAAUACAGACAUAGAUAUGACUGUGGUUCUUAUGAUGUCAAACGAAGCAGCUACCGACUGCCAUCAUGAAAUGUAAUUGUUAUGUCUCUACCCUUUCACUUGAUGUUUUCUGUUUUUACUCUACACAGUAUUAUUCUUGGAAAAGCUGAAUAUUACAUAAUCACUGAUUGAUAAAUUGUU